AAAUAUGGCCUGUAGUUGGACAGAUCAUUUCCCACUUUGUAGUGAGAGAAAAAACCCUUUUUUGGGUUAGCGUUACCUCUGCGACGCGGCUCGCCAAAGGAUUGAGGGAGGAAAACGAAGCUCUGCAAAUUCAAUCCCCAUGGCCAACAGCAAUUUACCGCGCAGGAUCAUCAAGGAGACGCAGCGUCUUCUAAGCGAACCAGCCCCAGGAAUAAGUGCAUCUCCAUCAGAAGAUAAUAUGCGUUAUUUCAAUGUUAUGAUUCUUGGUCCUACCCAAUCUCCUUAUGAAGGAGGUGUUUUUAAGCUGGAGUUGUUUUUACCUGAGGAAUACCCAAUGGCUGCUCCUAAGGUUCGUUUCCUUACCAAAAUUUACCACCCUAACAUUGAUAAGCUUGGUAGGAUAUGCCUGGAUAUUCUCAAGGACAAAUGGAGCCCUGCUCUUCAGAUUAGGACUGUACUUUUGAGCAUUCAAGCACUAUUGAGUGCUCCGAAUCCUGAUGAUCCCCUAUCUGAGAACAUUGCCAAGCAUUGGAAAUCAAAUGAGGCUGAAGCUGUUGAAACAGCUAAAGAGUGGACGCGUCUGUAUGCAAGUGGCGCCUAAAGUAACAUGAAACCCAGGUUUCGUCUUAUCUUAUCUAAAAAAGGUGAAAAAAUUGUAUUCUACUGAUGGGAAGACAGGUUUGCAGAAGCUGGAAGAAAUAUUAUUCUGAUAGGUUGCAACAAACUUAACUAUAGUUUGCCUUUACGGCUACCCGACUUGGUUUCAUGUUUUAAACGGUCAUGCAAGAAGUGCAAUGCCUAUAAAAGCAAGCACUAUUUUCAUCUCUGUUAUUACCAUGCUUAUUUUACUUAUUGGACAUCAUUUUUUAUUCC